AAAAAAGAAGCUAGUAGGGUUUAAAUGUGGGACAUCACUCACAAGAAAAUAGAUGGAAGUUAUGUUAAUGAAAAGGUUAAAGAAAUAGCGGAGAAGAUUGAAGCACAUAGCAGCCAACAACCGAUGGAAUCAAUUGUUAAUUCUUCUCUUGAUGCUCUUGGAGUAGUUUUUGGGAAAGAGCACCCUAGUCGUUUUCGAGGUUUAGGUAUGGGAGCUGUUCCAACAAUUACUUUCAAGAACAACACUACAAAGAUUAGUCAAAUGAAUUUAGGUUCUUCAAAUGAUGCUGGUACAUCAUCUACUUGCGGUCCAAAUGUGCAAGAAGAGUUGGAUACCGUUAAAGCGCAAUUGCAAGCGCUAGUCUCCUAUAUUGCUUCUAAGAAAAGAGGUAAAAUUCCAAUACAAUUGGCUGGAAUGUUCCCUACUCAACAAGUUUCACAAAGAUUAGAUCAGGAGAGUGAGAUUCCAUCACCAAAAGAGUUAGGAAGCAGGUCUUCUGGAGCAAGCAACAAGGAAGCAUGACCUUGCUUGAUAUGUUAAGACGUAUAUUAAGGAUUAUAUGUUAAGAUGUAUUAUUGAAAAAUGUUACUUUGAUCUUUGUUUUUGGAUUAUGACAUUUCAAUUAUGACUUGGAUUAUGACUUUUGGAUCAUGUAUGAAUUAAAAAUCAUCUUAUGAUGUUUGAUUUAUGGCUAUACCUUUUGGUUA